CAAGCAGGAAGACAUAGUUGACUUUAGAGUUUAGAACAGUAGUAGACAUACGUGUAUAUUCCACUGUAACCUUAGCAAUUAGCAAAUGAUAGAUCUUGACUUCCGUCAUCCAAGCAGGAAGAAAUCUUGAAGAUCAAUGAAGAUAGCUAUUGUCUACUCCUUCCUCUUCCUGCUACUUCUACUGGUAUUCACCUCCGAGUCGGCGUCAUCUCCUCCGGCAGUAUGCAUACUCGGCAGCGGGAUCGGCGGCUCCUCUGUGGCACAUUUCCUGCGGACCUAUUCCAGUCCAUCUCAAGUGGGCUCGAUACGAAUGUUUGAACGCCAUGGUGUCGUCGGCGGCCGCAUGGCCACGGUCACAGUCUCCGGCGAGUCUUUUGAGGCCGGCGGCUCCAUUCUUCAUCCGAAGAACUACCACGCCUUGAACUUCACAAAUUACUUGAACCUUAAAGUCAAAAGGGCCUCAUCGUCGGAGUCCGAUUCUUCUUUUGGCAUUUGGGACGGCAGUAAGUUCGUGUUCAAAACACUGCCUUUAAACCCCAAGCUCUCGAUUCUUCAAAAGUUCGUGUCUUUCGCCAAUUCGGUCCUCAUUUUUCUCAGAUAUGGGUUCUCACUCUUUCGGAUGGAAAAUUUCGUAGAGGGAACUGUGGAUAAAUUCUUGAAGUUCUAUGAAGGAUUUGAGUCUAGGCCGGUGUUCGAGGAUGUAGAGGACAUGCUUAGAUGGUCGGGGUUGUAUAAUUUGACAAGAAGAACUUUGGAAGAAGAGUUGACUGAUGCUGGUUUAUCUACUACCCUUAUUCAAGAGCUUGUCACAGUUAUCACUAGAAUCAAUUAUGGGCAAAGUGUCACUAUGAGUGGUCUUGCUGGUGCAGUUUCAUUGGCUGGAUCUGGGGGAGGUUUAUGGUCAGUUGAAGGGGGAAAUUGGCAGAUGGCGGCUGGAUUAAUCAAUCGUUCAAAUGUUGAAUUGCACCUUGGUGAAGACAUAGAUUCAGUCUAUUAUUCAGGAAAACGAUAUGAACUCAAGACAACAAAGGGGAAGAGUUACUUUUGUGAAGUUGUGGUGGUCGCUACACCCUUGGAUGAAUUGAAUAUUAAUUUUUUACCUGGAAUCACAAUCCCCGAUAGGAAAUUACAGCACACACAUACAACUUUCAUUAGGGGUCUCUUAAAUCCUUCUUAUUUUGGUUUGAGGUCAUUAUCAGAUCUUCCCGAAUUGGUUGGCACAAUAGAGACUUCUGAAGUCCCAUUUUCAAGCAUCUCGGUUCUCAAACGGUACAGCGAGCAUGAUAUGACUUACAAACUAUUCUCACGGAGUUACAUGGAAGAUGAUUUAUUGGAAAAAAUCUUUAGUGUGAGAAACAAGACGAUCAAAAUUGACUGGGGUGCAUAUCCUGUCUUUCAUGCCCCUGAGGUAUUUGCACCACUUAUUUUGGACAGCCAGCAUCUGUACUAUGUGAAUGCUUUUGAGAAUGCAGCGAGCACAAUGGAGACUAGUGCUGUAUCAGCUGAAAACAUAGUGCGCCUUAUCCUCUCCAGACUUGAAAUUGAAGCACUCAGCUCUGUCCCUGGAAGCUCCAGCGAUGCACUCAAGAUGCAUUCUGAACUGUAAGCUGGAAAUAGUUCCACCCUACAUAUAUCUUUUUGCUGGAAACUUUGCUACAUUUAAUAGAUUAUGCAUGAAGCUGCAUAUUAACAUAUGUGUAUAUAUAUAAUAUAAUAUAUACUUCGUAUGUUUAUACUCCCUCCGUCCCAAUAUAAAAGGCACACUUUCCUUUUCGGUCCGUCCCAAUAUAAAAGACACAUUUCCCUUUUUGGCAAACAAAACAGUGCAAAACAGUGUCAAACAGUGUCCAAACAGUGUCUAAACAGUGUCAAACAGUGUUCACCCUUAAAAACUCCCCAAACGCAAAUGUGCCUUUUAUAUUGGGACGGAGGGAGUAUAUUAUAUCGGUAUAUCCUAAUGUAUAUGUGAAUGUAAGAGUUUCCACCUCAGGCUACGAUUAUAUAAUUGCGUCCUCCUUUGGCUAAAGGUUGGCAUUCUUGUCUUUCUUCUUUGUGUGUCGUGCUGAAUCUAUAAAGGAUAUUAUUGUACCUUUCAUAUUAUUAUUUUCUAGUAUAAAUAUACCACGAGGCUACCUAAUUGGGUAAGCCAUUAUUCCAAAACCCUAUUCUCUCAUACUAAAUUCCAUAUCUAUGUGUAUAUAUAAA